CGCGCGCCCCGCCCGCCCCGCCCGGCCCCGCUCGGCGCCCGCGGCCGCCCGGGCGCUUCCUCUCGGCGCGGGCGGCGGCGGCGACGCUCCGGGGCAGCCAUGGCCGCGUCCGAGCUCUACACCAAGUUUGCCAGGGUCUGGAUCCCUGAUCCUGAAGAAGUUUGGAAAUCAGCAGAACUGCUCAAGGAUUAUAAGCCAGGAGAUAAAGUGCUCCUCCUCCACCUUGAGGAAGGAAAGGAUUUGGAGUAUCGUCUUGAUCCCAAGACCAAGGAACUCCCUCACCUCAGAAACCCCGACAUCCUCGUGGGCGAGAACGACCUCACGGCCCUCAGCUACCUGCACGAGCCUGCAGUACUGCACAACCUCAGAGUCCGCUUCAUUGACUCCAAGCUCAUCUACACGUACUGUGGUAUAGUCCUGGUAGCUAUAAAUCCUUAUGAACAGCUGCCUAUUUAUGGAGAAGAUAUUAUUAAUGCAUACAGUGGUCAAAACAUGGGGGACAUGGACCCACAUAUCUUUGCAGUAGCGGAAGAAGCUUACAAGCAAAUGGCCAGGGAUGAGCGGAAUCAGUCCAUCAUUGUGAGUGGAGAGUCUGGGGCGGGGAAAACCGUCUCAGCCAAGUAUGCCAUGCGCUACUUCGCCACGGUGAGUGGGUCCGCCAGCGAGGCCAACGUUGAGGAGAAGGUCUUGGCCUCCAACCCCAUCAUGGAGUCAAUUGGGAAUGCCAAGACAACAAGGAAUGAUAAUAGCAGCCGUUUUGGGAAGUACAUUGAGAUUGGUUUUGAUAAGCGAUAUCGAAUCAUAGGUGCCAAUAUGAGGACUUACCUCUUAGAGAAAUCCAGAGUGGUGUUCCAGGCAGAAGAGGAGAGAAACUAUCAUAUCUUCUAUCAGCUUUGUGCCUCAGCAAAGUUGCCAGAAUUUAAAAUGCUGCGAUUAGGAAACGCAAAUAGCUUUCAUUAUACCAAGCAGGGGGGCAGUCCUGUGAUCGAAGGAGUCGACGAUUCCAAGGAGAUGGCGCACACGAGGCAGGCCUGCACCUUGUUAGGAAUUAGUGAAUUAUACCAGAUGGGAAUUUUCCAAAUACUGGCCGGUAUUCUUCACUUGGGCAACGUUGGCUUCACGUCUCGAGAUUCAGACAGCUGCACAAUACCUCCGAAGCAUGAGCCUCUCAGCAUCUUCUGUGACCUCAUGGGUGUGGACUACGAGGAGAUGUGUCAUUGGCUGUGUCAUCGGAAACUGGCCACGGCCACGGAGACGUACAUCAAGCCCAUUUCCAAGCUGCAGGCGACCAACGCCCGCGACGCCCUGGCUAAGCACAUCUACGCCAAGCUCUUUAACUGGAUCGUCGACCACGUGAACCAGGCUCUGCACUCGGCCGUCAAGCAGCACUCUUUCAUUGGGGUGCUCGACAUUUAUGGGUUUGAAACUUUUGAGAUAAAUAGUUUUGAACAAUUUUGCAUAAAUUAUGCAAAUGAAAAGCUACAGCAACAGUUUAAUAUGCAUGUCUUCAAAUUAGAGCAAGAGGAAUAUAUGAAGGAACAAAUUCCGUGGACACUCAUAGAUUUUUAUGAUAACCAGCCUUGCAUUAAUCUUAUAGAAUCUAAACUGGGCAUCCUGGAUUUACUGGAUGAAGAAUGCAAGAUGCCCAAAGGCACAGACGACACCUGGGCCCAGAAGCUGUACAACACGCACCUGGGCAAGUGCGCCCUCUUCGAGAAGCCUCGGAUGUCCAACAAAGCGUUCAUCAUCCAGCACUUUGCCGACAAAGUGGAAUACCAAUGUGAAGGCUUUCUGGAAAAGAACAAAGACACCGUAUUUGAAGAGCAAAUUAAAGUUCUCAAAUCAAGCAAGUUUAAGAUGCUGCCAGAGUUAUUCCAGGAUGACGAGAAGGCCAUCAGCCCCACCUCCGCCACCGCUUCCAGUGGGCGCACGCCUCUCACCCGCCUCUCCGCGAAGCCCACCAAAGGCCGGCCGGGCCAGACUGCCAAAGAGCACAGGAAGACGGUGGGCCACCAGUUCCGAAACUCGCUGCACCUGCUGAUGGAGACGCUGAACGCCACCACCCCUCACUACGUGCGCUGCAUCAAGCCCAAUGACUUCAAGUUCCCCUUCACGUUUGACGAGAAGAGAGCCGUGCAGCAGCUGCGGGCCUGCGGCGUCCUGGAGACCAUCCGGAUCAGCGCGGCCGGCUUCCCCUCGCGGUGGACCUACCAAGAGUUUUUCAGCCGCUACCGCGUCCUGAUGAAGCAGAAGGAUGUCCUGGGAGACCGGAAGCAGACCUGCAAGAAUGUGCUGGAGAAGCUGAUAGCGGACAAGGACAAAUACCAGUUUGGCAAGACGAAGAUCUUCUUCCGGGCGGGCCAGGUGGCCUAUCUGGAGAAACUGAGGGCGGACAAGCUGCGGGCUGCCUGCAUCCGGAUUCAGAAGACCAUCCGAGGGUGGCUGCUGCGGAAGAAGUACCUGCGCAUGCGGAGGGCGGCCGUGGCCGUGCAGAGAUACGUGCGCGGCUACCAGGCCCGCUGCUACGCCAAGUUCCUGCGCAGGACCAAGGCGGCGAUCACGAUUCAGAAGAGCUGGCGCAUGUACGCGGUCCGCAGGAAGUACCGGGCGAAGCGGGCGGCGGCCGUUGUCCUCCAGGCCCACUGGCGGGGCUACCUGACCAGGAACAGGUACCGGAAGAUACUCCGCGAGCACAAAGCAGUCAUCAUUCAGAAGCGGGUCCGAGGCUGGCUGGCCCGAGUCCACUACAAGCGGAGCCUGCGGGCCAUCGUCUACCUUCAGUGUUGCUUCCGGCGCAUGAUGGCGAAGCGGGAGCUGAAGAAGCUCAAGAUCGAGGCCCGCUCGGUGGAGCGCUACAAGAAGCUGCACAUCGGCAUGGAGAACAAGAUCAUGCAGCUCCAGCGCAAAGUCGACGAGCAGAACAAAGACUACAAAUGCCUCAUGGAGAAAUUGACCAACCUGGAAGGAGUGUACAACUCGGAGACUGAGAAACUCCGAAGUGACGUAGAGCGCCUUCAGCUCAGUGAAGAGGAAGCGAAGGUGGCGACGGGGCGGGUUCUUAGUCUGCAGGAGGAGAUCGCCAAGCUCCGGAAAGACCUGGAACGAACUCAGUCGGAGAAAAAGACCAUUGAAGAACACGCAGACCGAUACAAACAAGAAACCGAGAAGCUGGUAUCAAAUCUGAAGGAAGAAAAUACUUUACUGAAACAGGAAAAAGAGACCCUCAAUCAGCGUAUUGUGGAACAAGCUAAGGAGAUGACAGAGACUAUGGAGAAGAAGUUAGUAGAAGAAACGAAACAAUUGGAACUCGAUCUUAACGAUGAGAGGCUGAGGUAUCAGAACCUUCUGAAUGAGUUCAGUCGCUUAGAAGAGAGAUAUGAUGACCUCAAAGAAGAAAUGACUCUGAUGGUGAAUGUACCGAAGCCUGGACACAAGAGAACAGAUUCUACUCACAGCAGCAAUGAAUCUGAAUAUACCUUCAGCGCUGAGCUGGCAGAGACGGAAGACGUUCCACUGAGAACUGAGGAACCAAGUGAGAAAAAGGUGCCUCUUGACAUGUCGCUGUUCCUGAAGCUGCAGAAGCGGGUCAAGGAGCUGGAGCAGGAGAAGCAGGUGCUGCAGGACGAGCUGGACCGCAAGGAGGAGCUGGUGCCCCGCGGCAAGGCGCAGGAAGAAGAAAGACCACAGAUCAGAGGCACAGAGCUGGAGUAUGAGUCGCUGAAGCGCCAAGAACUAGAAUCAGAAAACAAAAAACUGAAAAAUGAGCUGAACGAGCUACGCAAAGCGCUCAGCGAGAAGAGUGCUCCCGAGGUGACGGCCCCGGGGGCGCCGGCCUACCGAGUGCUCAUGGAGCAGCUGACCUCGGUGAGCGAAGAGCUGGACGUCCGCAAGGAGGAGGUCCUCAUCCUGAGGUCGCAGCUGGUGAGCCAGAAGGAGGCCAUCCAGCCCAAGAAUACGAUGACAGAUUCCACACUCCUCCUGGAAGACGUGCAGAAGAUGAAAGAUAAGGGUGAAAUAGCACAAGCUUAUAUUGGUUUGAAAGAAACAAAUAGGCUCCUGGAGUCCCAGCUGCAGUCGCAGAAGAGGAGCCACGAGAACGAGGCGGAAGCGCUGCGCGGGGAGAUUCAGAGCCUGAAGGAGGAGAACAACAGGCAGCAGCAGCUGCUGGCGCAGAACCUGCAGCUGCCGCCCGAGGCCCGCAUCGAGGCCAGCCUGCAGCACGAGAUCACCCGGCUCACCAACGAGAACCUGGACCUGAUGGAGCAGCUCGAAAAGCAAGAUAAGACCGUCCGGAAGCUGAAGAAGCAGCUGAAAGUGUUUGCCAAAAAGAUCGGUGAACUAGAAGUGGGACAGAUGGAAAACAUAUCUCCAGGUCAGAUCAUUGACGAACCCAUCCGUCCAGUUAACAUUCCCAGGAAAGAAAAGGAUUUCCAAGGAAUGCUGGAAUAUAAGAAGGAGGAUGAGCAAAAACUCAUUAAGAACCUGAUUCUGGAACUGAAGCCACGUGGCGUAGCUGUCAAUCUGAUCCCAGGGUUGCCGGCAUAUAUCUUGUUCAUGUGCGUCAGACAUGCCGACUACCUGAACGAUGAUCAGAAAGUCAGGUCGUUGCUAACGUCGACCAUCAACAGCAUCAAAAAAGUGUUAAAGAAAAGAGGUGACGAUUUUGAAACCGUCUCCUUCUGGCUUUCUAACACAUGCCGAUUUUUGCACUGUUUGAAGCAGUACAGCGGAGAAGAGGGUUUCAUGAAGCACAACACGCCUCGCCAGAAUGAGCACUGCCUCACCAACUUUGACCUGGCCGAGUAUCGGCAAGUGUUGAGUGACUUGGCCAUUCAGAACUACCAGCAGCUGGUGCGGGUCCUGGAGAACAUCCUCCAGCCCAUGAUCGUCUCUGGGAUGCUGGAGCACGAGACGAUCCAGGGCGUGUCCGGGGUCAAGCCCACGGGCCUCCGGAAGCGAACGUCCAGCAUCGCCGACGAGGGCACCUACACGCUGGACUCCAUCCUCCGGCAGCUCAGCUCCUUCCACUCCGUCAUGUGCCAGCACGGCAUGGACCCCGAGCUCAUCAAGCAGGUGGCCAAGCAGAUGUUCUACAUCGUGGGCGCCGUCACGCUCAACAACCUGCUCCUGCGGAAGGACAUGUGCUCGUGGAGCAAGGGCAUGCAGAUCAGGUACAACGUCAGUCAGCUGGAAGAGUGGCUGCGUGACAAGAAUCUGAUGAAUAGCGGCGCCAAGGAGACUCUGGAGCCCCUCAUCCAGGCGGCUCAGCUCCUGCAGGUGAAGAAGAAGACCGACGACGACGCGGAAGCCAUCUGCUCCAUGUGUAAUGCUCUGACGACGGCCCAGAUCGUCAAAGUGUUGAACUUAUACACUCCAGUUAACGAGUUUGAAGAAAGAGUCUCCGUAGCAUUUAUUCGUACCAUCCAGAUGCGGUUAAGAGACAGGAAAGACUCUCCUCAGCUGCUCAUGGAUGCUAAACACAUCUUCCCCGUCACCUUCCCCUUUAACCCGUCCUCUCUGGCGCUGGAGACGAUUCAGAUUCCAGCCAGCCUGGGCCUGGGGUUCAUAACCCGGGUCUGAACAAGAUACAAAAACAGACACUGACGAUACGUUUCCUGCCUGAAGUAAAACGCAUUUCUUUCCAGGGAGAUGCCGAGAAUAUUUUUAAGAGAGCGAGAGUACUGAUUACCUUCCAUCAAGAGGCCAUUAAUUGGAAGUCUCCCUAGCAUACAUUGAGUACCGUGGAAGAUUCUAGCUCCUUUUUUCUCUGUUACCUGCAUAGCAGUCCUCAUCUUGGAUCAUUUUGACAUCCUGAGCUUACAUGCCAGUGAAUGGUGGACAGGUGGCAGGAAGGAAGAGGGAAAGGUGUCUUCUGCCUGCCUUUAUCUGAAAUCUUCACCACUGCAUUUAAAUAUUAUAUUUUUUAAAGAAAACAUAGAUUCCAGAUAUGUUGAAAUUCAGAACAGAUAGGAUGGCACCAACAAAAAAAAUCCGUCUGUGCUGACAUGAAGAAUUGAGAGAAAAAAGGCCACUGAGUACAUAUCAGUUUAGGAAACAAUUAUGGUGAUGAAUUGGAUCACAAAAGUAAACUGGCAACAUGUAAAGCAGUUGGACAAGUAACUUCCUUGCCUGUGUUGCUAUGACAUAGACGGUUAAAGAGAAUAUUGGUUUGCUGUAUUGCAUAGAAGUCCAUUAUGACCAUAGUUUACUGCAUAUUUUAAAUCGCUGCUACAUACGAUGUUCUUUAAAAUGUAAUUGAUAUUGUUAGUAGACACUACAAUAGUAAGCUUCUCUUUUAAUCAACUUUGUUUACAAUUCAAUCAUAUCACAGUUUUAACUGGAUUAUAUGCAAAUAUCUGCACAUUUACCUGCAUAGUAGCAGACACUGGAAGGUCACAUCGUAGUAUUACGAGUGUUCGACACUUAGAGGUACGAUUAGACAAGUGGCUGUUGUUAGUGUCAUUGGUUACUCAGGACACGUGCGACGCUGAUGUCCUCGCUAAUAUUCCCUACGUGGAUGUCACUGUUCCCGGGUACGGUGUACUGUGAUCUGACUUAUGAGAUCUGAAUCCUGCAGUACAUAUUGUCAACCUCGACAAGUUUUAUUUCUCUUCAUUUAUUAAGAAUUGUCACUCUCUAGAGAAGAGUAUCAGAAUAUUUAUGAUUCAGGUUUUGAAUUGAUUGUCUUAUAAAUUACGCAAAAGAAAGUGUAUAAUAAAUAUGAUUUUUUUUUUGGACUUUGCAACUUGUAAGUGUUCUCAGUAUCACUAGAUACUUUAAACAGCAUCAUACUCUAGAAAUACUUUUAAGAAUUCUAUAAUAGACUAAGAUUGCUGAAUUUUACUGAGGAUUUAGUUUAAUAAGACUCAGAUUCUGUAAGUGUUCAUUAUGAAGUUUUCAUUAGAUAUAAUCUCCAUUUUACCUAGAAAUCUUACAAAUAAAUCUUCUAAGUUGUACACAAGCAAAUUGUUACCUUUCAUUAGAAACCCUGGUCUGAAUUACAAUCAUCGAUUUAUAUCAUUGAACUGUUCAGAUGUUUUCUUAGACAUGACAUUUUACUAAAAUAUGUGCAUUGUAUUAUUGGAAGUGAGUUUUAAAUCAGUUUCAAAUCAGAUGCAGUUAUUAAAAGAUAAAUAUAGUUUGAUAGCUUAUUUGAGCCUCAAAUUACUCAGUUCUAUAAUAAAAAGGUUAGACUAAACAGAUUCUUAAGGUCCCUUCCACCUCUAAAAUUCUCUAAAUAGUGUUUGAAUCCUAAAGAAAUGGGCUGCAUAGUCUGUAAAUUCAUUUUUUAGUAGAAUGUCCAGUGUCUGGUGCCUAUUAAUUCUGACGAGUUAGUAAAAUAUAAAGUCACAAGUUUGCAUACUUAUAACUUUCUUAAAUGUACAUGAUUCUAGAAAGUUAAUCAGUUAAGGUCAUUUUUCUUGAGUUGUGUACUAUUAUUUUUAUUUUGGAUACAUGUAUUUGCAGAAUCAAUCAAAAACACUACUAUUCCAAUUAGGUCUCAUUUCCCAGGCUGCCAGUGUGGUUUUCAGUGAACUUCGACCUCUGUAUCCAUAGGGUUCACUCCGGAUACGUGCCCGUAUCCAACACAGACGGAACUUGGGUUGGAGAGCUGGUCCGAGGAGGCAGACAGUGAUGGCAUAGGCUGAGACCCGGAAAUUCCCUUCCGGAGGAGAAAGGCCGUGCGUGCCCUGGAUCUUGUUAGACUUCAAACCAGGCCCUGGCAGCUCUCCAUCUUGCUCCAGAGAGCUACUCUAGUGCAUCUCAGACCUUGCUCCCCGCGCCCCCCCCGCCCCCCCGCAGCCUCUGUUUCAGGGCUGGCCGCACAAAGCUUCUGCUGGUUCUAGGGCUCAGGUGCCUUCUCGGGUCCACCUUCAAGCCCAGAUGGAAUCUGAAUUCACUUCUCUAGUGGCCUGAAGGUCUUUAUGCAUAGCAGGCAUGUUGGAUGCCUAAGGCCAGCAAGACUUGGUAAAGGGUCUGUGUAUUUGUUUUUGGAGGACACAGCGGUACUCUGGUAUCCUCUCGCCCUCUUGAGGACCGCUUGCCCUUCCUUCCCCUCCAUUCAUGCUUUCUCAUCCAGCUUCAAAGACAGCUCCGUGUUCUUCCAUCUGCUCUGCCGUCCGUUCACUUUGAAUUCCCGUCACCAAAUCCUAGAUCCACCAGCUGCCCGUCACUGUUCUCUCAAAGCAGUAGACAACGACCCUGACACCCUGACUUCCCCCUCCUCGCCUGCCUACUCACUGAGACCCCCCCCCCCCGCCAGCUGUUGCCCAAGUUUUUGUUCACAUUUCUUUUCUGUGCAUUCUUUAGUCCUAUCCAUGGAAAAAUCAGAAGCCAGUCUCUCUUCUUGCAGCUGUUCCUAUGCUAAGACUUUGAUCUGUCGGAGAGUAACCGUAACGAAGAGGGAAGAUGCGUGUGGGUCACAACCCAGAGUGGGGUACAGUUCCUUUCCAGGUUUUGAAAAUUCCCCACAACCUGACACUUCUUCAUCAAGUGCAGAAGCACAAAAGUAGACAUUCCAAAGCUAGCUAAUACUGUGGAUGGACUCUUUCCCUCUCCCCACAGCCCCAUUUUCUUCCGUUCUUCAGGAUCAAACAGCCAGUAAAAAUCAGUUACGGCCCUUCAAUCCUCCUGUUGCUUGCUAGUCGUGCGGGAAUGGCACGUCCUGUGUGGUGACGCUUUACUUCAGCACACUUUCUAUGGAUUACCUCAUUGUAUCCUCACAGCAGCGCCGGGCAGUGGGCACAGGCUGUGAGACCCCCUUGUCGGGAGCCUGAGAGAGAAGGCCAGUGCCUCGACCUCGCAGGCACAAUUCUCCCGCCAUGUCCUUCCCUUCGGUAGCGGCGGUACCGUGAGCACAAGGCAGGAAGUGGAGAGGUUGUGGGUUCACAUUCCUCUACUCCUGGGAUGCUCUCAGCCGGCAAGAGAUGCUCUUUUUCUUGACCAGUGUUGACAACUGGCAUUUGGGGCCAGCGGGUGCCAAGAACCAAAUUUUUUUGUGUGACUUUAAAAGAAAGCACCCAGACCCCAGCAGUUUUUUUUUUUUUUCCUGCUUGUCACAGUGACUGGCUAGAACACAGUGACUGGCUAGGUCUGACUUUCACAGUGAAUCAGUGCCCCGAUACUCUGCAUCCUGGCCAUUGUCUCAUUUAUUUAAAAAAAAAAAAAAAAAGUCUCCCAAAAGUUUCAGAGGAAGAUCACAACCCACAGCCCUCAGAGGCACUGUUCAGUUGCCUGCUGCUGCAGCCAGGCCUUGGGUGCUCAGGCCAAACCCUUCCCUGACUUGGAUCCUGAGCACGGAUGAACAGAGCAGCUGCCGGCCCCCUCUGGAGAGCUGACCCGAGAGCAGGGCCUUUGCAAAUCAGUCCGUGUUUCACCCCGUAGUCUGCAUGCCGCUGCUGUUUCCUUUGGAGCGCGGAGAUGUGCUGUGCAUGUGUGUGAGAGGCGCUCCACUUUCUGUGCUGCUGUGACCGACGUUCAUGGAUAAGUGCAUUGUAAUUUGUUCUCCGGCCAUGCUGUGAGGGCCGCCUUAACCCCCCGCUCCCUUUGCUCCUAGAGCUGCCUUAUUUUCUCUGGAACCUUCCCUCUGUCAGGGGAUGUCUUCAUCCCCUUUCUCCAGGUUUUGUGAGGGUUUGGGUUGGAUGUGAACUUCAACCACUAAUUCCUUUCUUCCUCUCAUGCAUGAUUGUCCCCUUGCUACACCCUUCCCUUUUCUGCUAUUUCCCAAAAGUUAUUAGAAUUCUGAGGCAGCAAGAAAUCUCAGAACCAGUGAAAUCUGAGCUUUGAGUAUUCUGCAUUGAGGGACUUUGUGUCACAAGUAAUCAAAUGAACAGGUGGAAAAAACUGCUGUUAGAUUUUUUUGUAAAACAAAAAAUAUCUUAUUUUCCCUUAGUCUUUUUUUU